CAUCGCCAUCUUGUUGCAGCCCUUUUCUUGUCUGGGAGAUCCGUGGGGGGGUCCGGGUUAUAUUUUUUGUUGCCUUUAUUUAUUAUUUGAAGAUUUUUUCCUCACUGGGGAGGGGGAAGGGGAUUGCCACAGUCCCUCCAUUGCCUGGUUUUGUGCUGUCGGAUUAGGAAGUAAGAAGGAGCAGGGAUCUUACAGUGAGUGCUGAGAAAUGAGCCUGGAGACCUUAUUACAAGCAGCCUUGUUCCUAGAAUGGCAAGCCCAGCAACAACAACAGAAAACACGUGAAGAAAAUGACAAGGUUUUGCUGAAACAAGAGGAAGAGGAGGAAGAAGAAGAGGAGGAUGAAGAAGACAAGAAGAGUGUAGCUAGAACGGACGAUUUAGUAAAUCAAGCGCCACCUGAUCCUGCCUCGCCUCCAGCCCCUGCACCCCCCCCACCCCCACCCCCACCUCUCCCAGCCCCUGUGGCCAUCAUUCCCCUCUCUGUAGUAACCAGCACUCCUCAACCAGUAGUCCAAAAACCUUUGUCACCCCCUGUAGUACAACGUCACCCACCUGUGAUUAGCCCGCCUGUUCUCAACAAAGAAGUGCCCAUAGCUCCUGUCAUCCAACGACCUGCAGGCCCAAUGCUCCCGGACAUCAAAACAACCCCUCUCAGUAUAGGAAGCCCUAAGCAGCAGCUGCACCAUUACCAGGCACCAGUGCUGGCAAUUACACACCAUCACCUAAUGCAGCAACAACAACAGCCGCAGCAGCCACACCAGCCACACCAGCAGCAACCUAUACAACCCCAGCCUACAGCUCUACCGCACCCCCAUCAGCCACCUCCACCUCAGGCGUUGGGUGCCCUCCGGCUUCCUACACUAGAUGAUGGAAGGCCGAAUGAACAGAGGAGAAGGCCUGGAGGGGCUGGUACCCGGGAAGUCCAUAAUAAAUUGGAGAAGAACAGGCGGGCACACCUAAAGGAAUGCUUCGAGACGUUGAAAAGAAACAUCCCCAAUGUGGAUGACAAGAAGACAUCGAACCUCAGCGUGUUACGAAGUGCUUUGAGAUACAUCCAGAGUUUGAAAAGGAAAGAGAAAGAAUAUGAGCAUGAAAUGGAACGCUUGGCCAGGGAAAAGAUCGCUACACAACAGCGACUGGCAGAUUUGAAGAACGAGCUCAGCCAGUGGAUGGAUAUUUUGGAGAUUGAUCGAAUUGUUCGUCAGACCGUUCAGCCUGAAGAUGAUCAGGCCUCUACCUCCACAGCUUCAGAGGGUGAAGACAACAUUGACGAAGACAUGGAUGAUGACCGGCUGGUAAAUUCACUGACAAAACGGCAGCAACCUGAGCUUCUGAAGAUGGUUCCUUCCAGUGCAGCCUCCCACAAUCACCAUUCCACUGUUUUGCCUCAGCAUGUGUCCAUUCAGCAGAAGCAAGCUCCAUCCCCGCACGCACAGCCUCAGAUCUCCAACCAGUCCCUGGUCCCACCUCAGGCCCUGCUGCCAACACAGACUCAUAUUGUGGCUGCCUCAACAGUGCAGUCAACAGUGAUAGCCCACACGGCCACUACUCAUGCGUCCGUCAUCCAGACUCUCAAUCAUGUCAUCCCGGGGCCUCAAACCAAGCACAUUGCUCAUAUUGCACCUUCCACGUCAAGCCCUGUACAAUUAACCACUGCUGCUCAGCCAAUUGGCCACAUCACUGUGCACCCAGCUACCAUUAAUCACAUGACCCAUCUCGGCCAGCCGUUACCCAUCUACCCCCAGUCUGUUGCUGUAAGUCAGCCCAUGGUGAGCCACAUCGCUCACACCAUCACUCACCCGCAAGUUAAUGGAACCACAAACCUAGGUCAGCAAGCAGUUAUGGCAAAGCCAGCGGUGGGGACCCAGGUGGUGCACCAUUCCCAGCUAGUUGGGCAAACCGUUCGGAACCCGGUGACUAUGGUGACUAUGCCAUCGUUCCCUGUCAGCACCUUGAAGCUAGCCUAAACACUCACAACUAGAAGUCAAGUAAGAAUGAAUUUAAUUAAUAAAAUAAGUUAUCCAACAGACAGCUUCUACAGAAACUCCAUACAUUCCUACAAAGUCAUUUUCCAAGGAUGAGAAGAUCAGACAUUGUCUAAACUGGGUGAAAACCCACACAGUCAGUCACUUGGAAAAAGGCCGGUUUCUGGGGGCCUCUCUCUAUAACACAACAUAGAGUCCAGUGCACUGAAAACUUACCAUACUCAUUGUCUCAGUGGCAGCAGCUCAUAUUGACUUUAUUUUUUAUUUUGUUCUACUUUUAACCAAUGAAUACUGAAUGAGACAUUACAUUUUAUCCUCUACUCCACUCAUACUUUUAUUCUUUUUGUUUUAAAUUUUUCUUUGAAUAUUACAAUGUAGUAUACAAAUUGAUAAUCUCUUUUGGACAAAGGCAGAAACAGACAUUGUCACGGUGAGAAGACUUGCUCUAGUAACAGCUGCAGGACAUACAAAUAAAAUAUAUAUAAAAAUAUAUUUAAACAUUAAAGUUUGGGAGGCAUAAUCGAAAAGUAAAAUAUAAAUAUGGCAACCCCUCUCUUUUUGCCGCAGAGGUCAGCAAUGAGCUGGCAUCAAAUAGCUGAAAGCCUAUGCGGCUCUAAAGAGUACUUUAUUUUUUAAAAAAAAAUUCUGUUUUGACUGUUUUAGCAAAUCGCAAGCAUUACUCUUGGUUUGGUGGACCAGAUCAUAAUUCCCAUUAUUCGGAAAUCUGGAAAAUAGUCGAUAUACGAAUCCUGAGCAUAUUUAUUCAAUUCAAUUUUUUUUUUUUUUGUAAACCCCUAUGUCUAUUGUAUAUAAUUGGCAAUUGACAAAUUGUGAUCAAAAUCAAAAGGUUUUUGAUAGUAUUAUUACGCAUGAUUGUCUUUAAUUUUACUAAUAUAGGGAACAUGGAAAUGUUAGUUACAGUGUUUAAAGGAAAAAUGCAUACAGAAUUUAAAACGCUUUGUUGUGCCCCCUAGAGGUCAUUUUAAAAUACUACGUUGCUACAUAUUUGCAAUGCAGUGUUUUGCCAUAGGACACCUCAACCUACUAAAGGUUCCACAGUAUGUGUUAAAAGUAAUUUGCAUUGGCAUUUCUUCUCGUGCCUUGAAGUGUCUUGUGACAAAUGACUCUUAGUAAAUGAAUGCUAUAUUGAUUUUGCCCCCACAUCAUCAGUUGUUCUUCUGCGCUAUUUUUAGUACAGUGAAUUAAAUGCUUAAUAGCCCAAACAGAGGCAACAUUAAGGCUAAGUGAAUGGGGCUUAGAGUCUCUUUGAA